CUCGUGAUUCACCAGCCUCAUCAGGUGUGUGUUAGUUAUCGAUUUCUCGAAUAUUUAGCUCACCAUUAGCAAACAGAUUAGAUGAACCGAGCCAAGGAACGUCGACCAAAACAGCCAUCAUGGAAUCGGCGGAGAGAGGACAAUGCCAAUCCAACGUGACCGAGUUAGAAGCUAGCAGCAGUUCACCGUUAGUUCCUAUUGUUUCUCUUCCAACGCCUUAUGAAAGGCGAAAUACAUUCAGGAUUGGACCAUGGGAAUUCAGCCUCCCCUGGACAAACGCCCUGUUUGUUCUAGUCGUGUUGGGCAGCUCAUUUGGCCAAACCAUCUUGUUACCUCUAUGGAUCGAUUCGAUAAAGGACGAAAUAAGCUCCGCGGCAUUUGUCGACAGAUAUUUUAUGUUGUCAUUUGCAAGUCUGUCGUUUGUCGUGAUAUUCGGACUGGCGAUUUUGUUGAUUCGUAUAUUUUCUCCCAAAGAUCUCGGCGAGACGGAAAGGAAUUUUCCACACUUGUUGUUAUUUUUGGUAGGCCUUUGUGGCGCUUUGAACGGUGUGCUGGCGAUUUUUGCAAGUAACAGAGAGAAAACGCCGCGAUCACUAGAAGCAAUUCUUGGAACUUGCAAGAUUCCUUUAAUUAUUUUAUUCAGACGGUUUAUUUUAAGAAAGACGCCCAACAUUAGGAAACUAUUGUGUGCCGUGGUUGUGACGCUUUCUCCUGUCGUGUACCUCAUUCCAAACGUUCAUGGUGUGGUGAACCUAUUGUGGCCCGUGAUAAUGACGAUACGUUUUGUUCCGGCAGCCUUAGCGUCAGUGCUCUCGGAAAAAGGUGUGAAAAUGCGAAAUGAAAUGUCAAGAAGAGGAAUCAAUUUGGUUUACUUCAUGUUCUGGAUUUCCACAUAUCAACUACUUUGUGUUGCUUUGAUGUUCUGGGUAAAUAUUCUGCCAGGGAGUGGAAAUGCCUCCAUAGUUGAUUUGGAAACAAACUGGCGGCACGGUCUGCAAUGUUUCUUUGGCGCGGGAGGCUGUAGUUCUAGAAUUGGUACCAGAGGUACUUUGUAUAUUUUCAUGAGCGUUUUGCUUUGUGUUGGAAAAGUACAUUUGCUGCGACACUCUGAGGGAUCUGCCUGGGUAGCUGUUGUCGAGUCACCUGUGACGCCACUGGCAUUCAUAUUCUGGUCUUUCUUCAAUGAAGACCCGUUCAAAUGGCACUCGGAUGGAGACGUCAACGAUUCAGGGUUUGCAAUUGGCGCUCUUGUGGUCAUGUUUUCGGCCAUUAUGAUCUACGAAGUGGGGGACCCAGAGAUCUCGCUGGAUGAUGAAAGCCGUAGAAGAGAAGAAAUUUAACAUUGGAGGAGCUGUAUGGCUGCAGACCGUGUGGGAUUAAACUAUCCGAAAGGAAAAAUUUCGGAACCACGCAGUUUUCUCUCACUGCUGUACCAUUAUGAUUAGGAUAAUUGUCACCGAACGUUUAAGGCAGCAGUCACUGUAUUGUAAAAUAUGAACGGUUUUUUCUUAGUUUUACAACUAUAUUGUUGCAAAAUUAAAACAAUGCUUUUCGAAAAAUGUGUCAACUUGUUUACUCUCUGCCCUAUUUUAUCCUCGAGGAGGGGGGGGGCCCUCCCGUACAAAAAUGACGGGGGUGCUCUUCGUACCUUUUCGGGGUUAAAAACGCGGAUUUGUUACCUCUCGGGGUGUUCAGCCUCAAAAGGUCCACAGCGGGAGCUUUGGCGCUACCUUUUAGGGUAUUGAGCAGAAAAAAAAUAUGACAGGAGAUAGUGUGUUGUUUUGAAAAUUGUAACCGGAAAUUGACCUUUUCGAAACGAGCUAUAGCUGCGUGGAUCGAUCAUCAUUUACUGGUUUUUAAUUAAGCAUCAAACAUCCAAACAAAACGAAUUCAAAACAAACAAAGCUAGAGGGGAGAUUGUAAUCAAUUUUCGCGAUUUCUUUUUUCUUUUUUUAUAUAUAUUUUCUCCAGCUUCUCAGUUGUCCGGAAUCCUUAAUCCUUGAACCUCAUUGGCUAAUCGCGCACGCUCCAGCGGUCCUGAUUUUCCCAGCCGAACCCCAAGUACGGACAGCCCAAAUUUCCAACUUUGGCAACUUUUCAAGCUUUUUUUUUAUGACGUAAAGCAACGUUCAACACGGAUUCUGAGCAAACAGUAUCGCUUUUUGUGACCGGCUUUAAUUAAAAUUCACCACGACAACAACAAAAGUUCCUUUCAAAGCUGAUUCAGUUCAAUUCUUUAUUAACACUAUACUGGGUAUAUUAAAUAACGCAAGUAAAGUAAAUGAAAAUAGCAAAAAAUUAAGAAAUAUAGAGCCGUAAGAAUAUAAAAAAAAAUAUGCAAUACCGUACUGGAAAAAAAAUAAAUAAACAAGUUAUUUGACAACAUUUGUCUCUCCGCAUUGGGAAUAAGUGUGCGACCCCGGUCUGGAGUGCGGCCCUCGGCCUGCGGCUCUGAAGUUUUCUUUAGGACAGAAUUGAUUUCUUAGUUAACAUUAUAUUUCAGUUCAGGAAAAAAACUAGACUUUCAGAAAAGUCCUUCGUCUGGUUUAUUCAUUAGCUUUCAUCACUCCCCGGACGAAGGAUUUUUUGUACUUAAUUACCUCCAAUGACGGGUCGCUACGCUUCGACCAAUCAAAGUUGCCAAGAAUAUCCCUCGGGGACAGAACUGUCAAACACAGGUUUCCGUAAAUCCUCGAAUUAGUGUCCCCCCUCGUAUAAGAGCCCCUCCUAUCGACCGAAAUUUA